AUGGCUGAGUCACCGCAGAGCUGGCUUCGAGCAGCCUUGCGCUUCUCUCUGUCUGCAACCUCACACUCGACCGUCGAUGACGCGUAUCAGAAUCUCUCGGCGAACGCCCAAGUAGACGAGGAUCCGGGGAGGAAUCCAAGGUUCAAGAAGCUGUUCGACGCUGUACUGUUCUCGCGAAGCUUAAUUCUGACUUACAAUCUCGUUCUUGCCGUGAUCUUGGUCUCAGUCGCCGUCGUUCACUGGGGAGGCAAGGCAAGAGAAGCGCGGAGAUGGAGGAUUAGGGCGAUAGCGGCCGGGGGAAGCCAUGCAGCUGAUGUGAUGAGAUCAGACAGGGACGCCGGAGCCAAGAUCCAGGAGGCCGAGCGGAGUAGUAGCUCCUCAUCGAGUAGCACCCUCGAAGGAACAGCAACUCCACCAGACUUCAGGAAAGAUGCUACUUAUGAAGGGGAGCGCCAGCCGCUGCUGUUCCGGCAAGGCCAGAAGCCCUACCAUGGCGGUUAUCGUCUGGUUAAUAACGCUCGGGCAUGGUUGAUGUAUCAGCCUAGAGCAGUUCCAUUCAUCAAGAAAGUCCUCCCCUCGAACGGCCUCACGCUAGCAAUCUUGUUAUUCGUUGGCCUCAAUGUUUUCUACACCUUUUACAAUGUCGAGCUUAGCGUAUUCAUGCUAUUCGUCUUCGCAGAUCGAGCUGGACUCAUGUUUGUAGCUAACCUGCCCAUUCUCUAUUUGUUCGCGGCGAAGAACCAGCCAAUAAAGCUGUUGACAGGCUAUUCUUAUGAGUCUCUGAACAUCUUCCAUCGGCGACUGGGCGAGGUCAUGUGUGUCUUAGCAUUGUUACACUCCGCGGGCAUGGUGGGCGUCUGGUACACUCUCCUUAGGCCCGGUGGCUUUACCUUCGCCCGGUUCAUCUUCAGCAAGAUCAUCUUGCUCGGUCUUGGCGCUUUCUUCUCCUACGAGCUCAUCUACUUCACUUCCCUAGGAAGCUUCCGGCAGCGGUGGUACGAACUAUUCCUUGUCCUGCACGUAGCCUUACAGGCCGCGGCUCUUGUCUUACUCUGGUUUCAUCACUACGACGCCAGAGUAUACGUCGGCGUUGCGCUGUCCGUAUUCCUUGUCGACAGGCUUGUCUUCCGGCUUGGCCUCAAAACAACUUCGAUGCGUGCCUCCCUUACCAUCGCCGAAGACGGAUCAACCGUUCUGCUAUCAAAUAACUGGACCGUUCCCUCCACUGCCCCCUGGCGCAGACUCUUCGGUCAAUCCAUCAAAUACGGAUGGCGUCCAACGGACCACGUGUUCCUCACCAUUCCGUCUUUGUCACACAAGCACAUCAUCCAAGCUCAUCCCUUUACCAUCGCGUCAGCUGCUCCUCGCAGUUCUCUUGCCUCUUCCAAUACUUCUUCGCAGCCACAGCCGCAUGCUUGGCUCACGCUCCUCGUUAGAGCCCAGGAUGGAUUUUCUCGCGACAUCCUCAACUACGCAAAGAGCCACACGUCCGUAGUGUGCAGGCUGGAUGGACCCUACGGCUCCUCUCACGCACUGGAUACUCUUCACAACUCGGACUUGUCCGUCAUCGUGGCAGGCGGGAGCGGCAUAGCUGUUGCGUUUCCGAUCGUCUGGGAGUUACUACAUCCCGCUACCGCCACUGAGGCCGAUAUCGAGGGUAGCAGCCACAAUGACAACAAGAGGAAGGUGUGCUUGAUCUGGGUGGUACAUUCUCGCAGUCAUCUAUCUUGGCUGCCUGAGGAACGGUAUCAGGAAUUGGCAGAUUCAGGAGCAGAUAUAUGUAUACCGACUCCCACGGAGGAGUCUGGUAGGCCGGACGUUGGUGCUCUGGUCAGGCAGAAAGUUGAAGUGCAUAGCGGGGGGCAUGGAAAGUUAAAGGCGGGCGUGGUUGUGAGCGGACCGGAUGCAAUGAAUAGGGAUGUGAGGAAUGCAUGUGCACAGAUGGUGGCCGAUGGGAAGGACGUUGGAGUUGAGGUGGAGAAGUUUGGGUGGUAA